AUACAGGUGUCCUUUAUGCAGGUAUUGGCAGGCCACAAGGUACUGGAGACCGGUGCCCUUUAUCCAGGUAUUGGCAGGCCACAAGGUACUGGAGACAGGUGCCCUUUAUCCAGGUAUUGGCAGGCCACAAGGUACUGGAGACAGGUGCCCUUUAUCCAGGUAUUGGCAGGCCACAAGGUACUGGAGACAGGUGUCUUUUAUCCAGGGAUUGGCAGGCCACAAGGUACUGGAGACAGGUGCCCUUUAUCCAGGUAUUGGCAGGCCACAAGGUACUGGAGACAGGUGCCCUUUAUCCAGGUAUUGGCAGGCCACAAGGUACUGGAGACAGGUGUCUUUUAUCCAGGUAUUGGCAGGCCACAAGGUACUGGAGACAGGUGCCCUUUAUCCAGGUAUUGGCAGGCCACAAGGUACUGGAGUCAGGUGCCCUUUAUCCAGGUAUUGGCAGGCCACAAGGUACUGGAGUCAGGUGCCCUUUAUCCAGGUAUUGGCAGGCUACAAGGUACUGGAGACAGGUGCCCUUUAUCCAGGUAUUGGCAGGCCACAAGGUACUGGAUACAGGCGUCCUUUAUCCAGGUAUUGGCAGGCCACAAGGUACUGGAGACAGGUGCCUUUAUGCAGGUAUUGGCAGGCCACAAGGUACUGGAGACCGGUGCCCUUUAUCCAGGUAUUGGCAGGCCACAAGGUACUGGAGACAGGUGCCCUUUAUCCAGGUAUUGGCAGGCCACAAGGUACUGGAGACAGGUGCCCUUUAUCCAGCCAAUCAUGGACACUCAGAAAUACCGGGAUGCUAGUCUGAAGGCAGUCAACUGCCUUAUUUCCCAGAUGGACGAGAACGCUCUCUAUCAACAAGAAGAACUUAAAGGGGAGUUCUCUGCCCUUUACAAACUACCAACACAACUCCUCUUGUGGGGCAAGCAAGAAAUCGCCAACAAGAUCUUUGACCACGUGAAGAAGAACGUCCUCCAACCUAACGGUGACUUCUACUCCUACCCCAAGAAGAAGGGAUGGGAAAGGAAAUGCUGCAACCCCCUCCUUGCAUACAACUGGCCCUAUAUCAACGGGUGGAUCGCGGUGGCUGCUCAGAGGGGUGGCAGGUUCGACAUCUCCGUCCCAGCCUUCAACUACAUCAGGACCUUCUAUGACCCUGUACAGAAGGGCUUCCUUUGGAAUCAGCCCUAUAACCCGGACGUGGACACACUAGAACAGAGCCUCUGUGCUUUCAUGUGUGGGCAUCUUGGAUACACGGCACUCUUCUGUGGAGAUAUGGAGGUAGCCUGCAGCACUGGCGACACUCUGAUCCGAUUCAUGGACAUCCAACCUAACCUGGACGAGGAGUUCCUGAUGAAGAUGGACAGCAGUGGUCAACUAAUCAGAUCCGGUUGGCCCGAAGACAAGACUGUCUUCUUCCGGAUCAAGCGGAAGGAGUCACCUAAUCUCUUCUAUCAGCUGGGGUUUCCUGCAAUCUUGCUGGCUAAACUCUAUCUUGCCACCGGUACAAAGCGUUACCUGGAAGGAGCCAGAAGCUAUCUUGACUUCGCCUACUCGUGUGGAGAGUCGCUCUACACCUUUAUCAAAAGUCACAAAGUUGCAUACGGAGCAUCACUCGUGGCCGCCAUCACCAAGGAAAAGAAGUAUGCCACCAUGGCUACAAGGAUAUCUGACUUUAUCAUGUCUACGAGAACAGAGAGCGGCAUGUUUCUGUCCACCUCCCCGAUACUGGAGCGCUUCGACCAGACUGCCGAGAACAUUGGCUGGAUGAGAGAGAUAUCCGUCGAGCUGGAAUCCUAUCAAAGAUCUUAAAAUUACAUUUCUCAGUUUUUAAUAUUACAUUUCUCAGGUGUUUAUGGUGUAUUGUCCUCAACAAUUAAUCCUAGCGAUGUUUAUAACAGUUCACCAUAUCUUUAAUAUGCAUUCACUUGGUGAAGGCGCAAGAAGUCGCUCUGAAACGUCGUGACAAAGAAUAAAAGAAGUUGCUAUCUAUAAAAAAA